AUGACCAACGCAACUCAUAAGCCCGACUUCUCUGAGCGAGUGGAUCAACUCCGAGAAUACAUCUUUUCCCAGCCCUCCUCCACCUUCGAAAAUAACCCUUUGGCAGUUGCAAAUGCCGUCGAAUCCUUCGCCAAUACAAAGGGCCAGAUGAUGAUUUUCCGUGAUGCAAAGCUUCAGGUAGCAAGGACUCAGCUAGAAGCUCAGACUCCGGCCCCGCGGACGAUCCUAGAAUUCGGCACGUUUGUGGGCAAGUCUGCGCUGGCUUGGGGUGCUAUACUUCGAGAGAUUCACGGGGAGAAAAUUUCUGGAGGGAUUAAUAUGUACACCUUCGAGUUGGAUCCGCAGAUGGUCGCACUCUUCAGAGACUUGAUCAAGCUGGCAGGUCUCGAGAAUGUGGUCCAUGUGCUGGAGGGGCCUGGUUCGGAGUCGCUGAAGAAGUUGCAUGCCGAGGGCAAAGUGACUAGCGUGGACAUGACAUUUUUCGAUCACUGGGAGGAAUUUUAUCUGCCGGAUCUGCAACUCAUUGAAGACUUGGGACUGUUCCAAGUUGGGUCGCUGGCUAUUGCGGAUAAUACGGAUUUCCCCGGUGCGCCGCAGUACUUGAAGUAUGUCAAGGAUGGCGGGCGAGGAACGACGGGCUCGGUGAAAUAUGAGAGCACGUCUUUUGAGACGGCGAGUCGGCCGGGUAGACCAAGCAUUUUUGAGAUCAGUAAGGUUGUGGCCGUUAAGUGA